AUGACAGUCACAGACCGUACUUUGAUUGGCCGUCGCUCAUCAACGCAGCACUACCAGACCUUCGACACUCCUCCACCCAAAUCGCGUGGUCGUCCCAAUUCCGGCCAGUCGGAGUCCUCUGGCGAGGCAUCGCACGAUUAUCACAAUGACCUCGAGAACCACGCACAGUCCCCAUUGCCGAGAAAGCAGAUGGCAGUGUUGGCCAUGAUUGCCUUGGCCGAGCAAACGGCGCUCAACUCGAUCAGCCCGUAUUUGCCGGAUAUGGCAUCGAGUUUCCCCGAGGUGGAGCCGAGCCAAGUGGGUGUCUACGUGGGAAGCAUUGCUUCGGCAUUUGCGCUGGCACAAUUCGCGACAAAUUAUUUUUGGGGAUGGCUUUCCGACCGGAUUGGCCGUAAGCCAGUCAUACUUCUCGGCACACUGUUGACCGCACUCUGUUUUGUUGCAUUCGGGUUCUGUAAAACUUUGUGGCAAGCCAUUGCCGUACAAGCUUUGAUGGGUGUUGUCAAUGGUAACCAGGGUCUUGUGUCGACCUGUCUGGGCGAAAUCACCGACCGGAGCAAUCAGUCCCAGGCUUUCACUUGGCUUCCUGUCCUCUAUGGCAUUGGAGGCAUCACAGGUCCACUCCUGGGUGGUCUUCUAGUCUUCGAGCGCAACCCCUUCACGGGCAAGGAAAGCACAUACCCGUACCUGGCGCCCAACCUUUUGGCUGCAUUCAUUCUUCUGGUUGACUUUGUCUUGACUUCACUAUUCAUGGAAGAAAGUCUGGAAGAUGCGGACAUCCUUCCCAAGUUUGGCAAGAAAUUCCGCAGUCUCUUCUCAUGGAUCUGGCAAUUCACAGGCCUAUCCAGACACCCCACCUAUCUUCGGGUGCCUAGCGGCCCCGUUCGCCGCAACACUGGCGACAGCCAAGAACAUGACAGUGAUUUGGACUCUGCUUCGGAGCCAAGCCCCCCCAUGGGACGCCACCUCACACCCUCUGAGAUCGGUCUGGCUCAAGGAUUCGCUGGAAUUGUCACGAUCAUUUUCCAAAUUUGCAUCUUCAACCGUUUGCGCGACAAGAUGGGCAACAGAUGGUCUUACCGCGCAGGACUAUUCGGUUUUGUGAUUUCUUUCCUCUUGAUGCCUUUCGUUGGAUACAAGAGCGAGGACAGCAAGGGCUUGACCAGCAAGUCUGCUCUCAUGGCCGUCGAGCUGUGCUUCGUCCUCCUGGUCAAGACCAUCGCCUCCGUUGGUGGCCUGACGAGUGCUUUGCUAUUGGUUACCAAUUCAGCCCGGAAUCACGCUGUUCUCGGUGCCCUGAACGGUCUAGCACAGACUCUCAGUGCAGCUGGCCGCUCGAUGGGCCCGUUCCUUUCUGGUGGUCUCUUCUCCUUGACUGCAAAGAUCCAGCCGAAGGGAGAAGCCCUUGCAUUCGGCGUCUUCGGUGCUGUCUCCUUCAUCGGAUUCAUUCUGAGUUUCGGCAUCCGGGGUCGCUCUCUCGAGGCCGAGGGCUGGGGCGAAGAUAGCGACGAUGACAACUAUAAAUCAGACGAAGACGAACCCAACGGUGCUUGA